CCAACCGAAGCAAAAGAAGUAUGUCGUACUGCCGCUUCUCACGACAGAUGAUCGACGCCGAGGGAAAGAAAUCUUGAUGGUAUUCAUCGAAAUGGUAAUCCAACAGUAAGAGCAAUAGAAGCCAAAAAAUAGGAAAAGAAUGUUCCGAUGCCGUCGUUUCGGAUUAUACGUGCUGCCGGUCGUCGGCGUCGACGUUCGAACCAAGAACAUACCCGAUAAAGAUCAGAAUGAUGAUUACCUGCUUGUUCGGUGGAGUGUCUCCUUGGAAUCUCAUGCAGCAAUAAAUUGUUGUAAAACAAUACAAGUUCCUAGCGUUAUUCUGCUUUUUCUGUUAACUGCAGGCAUUGGUGAUGCCAAUCAUGUACAUGCAGGUUGUAGAAGAAACUUGCUACAAACGGGUGUCGUUCUGAAAGAUUUUACCGUAUUUUCGAUGGCUACGGUACAGUAAGAAAACCGAAAACCCCCGAUAAGUCGAGAAUGCAAUGGAAAAAUCAGGUGUCAAAAAUCAAAAAUCACCAGAGUUUCUUCUCUUCGACAGAAAGAUCCAUGGUUAGUCGAAUGAGUCAAUCGGGCAUUCAAACUGAUGGUGCUUUCGAUUUUUGAUGGUCACCUUAUUUUUUACUAGUACCGGUACUUUAGUCGUGAGUUUUUUGACGGAGUGGAAAAAAAAUUUAAAAUUGGAUUCAUUACUGUAGUUGGAUUCAUUAGCGUUCUUGCAAGUAGAAACUCGACAAAAUCUUUUCGUUUUGAUUGUUCAGUGCGUUCAGUAAAAAUUUGAAGCCUGCGUAAGCUUCUGUUGGUGACCAGGACACGACGCUUUUUUGAAUGUUUCGUGUCAACCGGGGAGUGUCGUGGUCGGUCGCAUCCGUGCUUGGGCAGUGGACAAAGGAUCUCAACCAUUGUUUCGAACAAGAACACGAUUCGAAGAAUCCUGACGGUGCUUCAGACCUCUGGACUGGCAUGCGAUAACACGACGGCUUCUUCGAAGGACUGUCAUCGAUGAUCAGGUGUGCGGCAUGAUGGCCCAGGGAUUCCAUCAUUGGCAUUGGUUGAGGAACGGGUGCCGAUAUCUUGACGAGAGCAGAACUACCGAGCAACUAAAGGGGCACCAAAGCGAUCGGUGAACUAUGGGAGGGUUGCGUGCCUGGACUCAUUUGCUAUCAUGGUGAGAGAAACACAGUAAUGAUCCUCGGCACGAACGCAAGACAUCAUAAGUGCCAAUAAUAUCUCCGAGAGUGUGGUGAUUGGCGGUCACGGGGACAAUGAACAGGACCACGACGAUGCAACUCCGUCGAAUUCCUACGAAACUUAUCGCUACGAAUAAUCCUGGGGCACUUAUCAAAUCCGAACGAACCCUUUGAGGAAAUGGCAAGAGAAUUCCAAGCCUGGUGUUGGAAGGAUUGUCAUCAGUGAUUCAGAUUGGGAGACACUGGUAAUCGAUAGUCCAUCUUACGGCAGAGUGACCUGAAGAUAAUCAGUCAUUUUUCUGAGAGGUGUGUCAGUGGAUGGACUGGACGACAACUGUUUUGAAAACGGAAAAAGUGGGCCUUGUGGAUGUUGCGUUGGUAAAAAGUCGAAUUUCGUUCAUGCGGCAUACCCCGAAAAGGCUCAUUCGACCGUGGUCGAGGCAUCCAUUGUGACGCAGGAAGAAGUAUGUGAUCGGAUGGCCGAAUUCAUCGAGAUGAAUGCUACCGACCAACUUUUUAGCAUGCGAACUAUCUGCUGCGCAUGAUGUAAUCCAUGCUGGCUACUGUUCGUUUGUUCGAUGCGUCAGUCGGCAUUGGAUUAUCGAGUAAAGUGUUGAUGCCCAAGGAGCACAAAAUAAAUGAUGAAUUCAAUCCAUGGUGACGGAAACUAGGAAAGACGACAUUUAGUAAAGAGUUGACCUUCCAAACUUCAUUCUUCGCUGGAGGUACGGAAAUAUGUUUGAGAUGUCCUAGACCAAGGUCACAGCUAAAUUGAAAAACAUGGAUCGAAAGAAUUGGUCGAAGCACUUGUUACUAGCAUUAUUUUACAGUGUGCUCUCUAGUACGCAAAUGUAUUAUCAGCGAUAUCUCAAAUUAUUAUUUUGUCACCACCGAAAUAGUCCUUGAUCACCAUUGAUAACGGACCCAUCGCUUCUAGGGAACUCAUCGUGAAGUCCCAUAUCCCAGAGUUUACGAGUCACUCCAUCCGGACAGUAUACGACAGAAACCCCCAUAGAAGCGAUUUGGUCACAAUUUCCAAACUCAUUGUCGAAAAAUAGCAUAUCUUCAUAAUUGAUACCUGUCUUGGCAUGAAUUCUUCGAAAAUGAGCCUUCUUUGAAUCCUUUGCAAUUUCCACAGGCCCAUUGAAUAUGUUGAUAAGGUGUAUAGGCUGACUUUUUUCAUUCACGGUAACUUCGAACUUCGACAACAAUUCCCUCGCCCAAUCUGGUUCAUCCGUUCUACUGCUGAUGCCAAUUUUUACACCAUCGAAACACUCUUGCGUAUAAAGUUCCUCAAAAAUGUUCCGAAUAUCGCCCAAAAGCCUCACGGGUUGGUUGUUACAUGUCAGCAUAUCUGGAAUGUUUUCCGGGUCCUUUUUGAACGGAGACCCGUACAUCAAUUGGUACAUUUCCGGUGCCCACACGCAGCCGUCGAGGUCAAAAAUGAUUGCUUUCGGCAGCAUCUUUGCGAAGUUCUUGUGUCGAUCGCUUGCAUACAGUGUGUGUAGAUUAAGGCAUCCGUUCUUUGUGGUAGCGAGGAAAGUGCGAUGCUUGUCAAUCGUUGUCGACAGAGUAGUUUUCGGUGCGAGGAACGCGAUGGUUUCGAGAGCGGAGAAGACGAAUAGCAAAGAUGUCAGUCUAGCAAUCAUGCUUAACACCGUGCUUCUAUUAAUUGUACCUUCUUGGAACUUUCAAGUUGGUGAUUUGUUUUUCAGCCGAAGAUAUGUCCUCUAGUAUAUUCUUUCCCAUACUCAGUGGAAGAGUCCACCACCACUGCCUUCGAUGCUUUACUUUGUCGACCGGUCAUGCGAUCCAUAUUUUUUUCAGAUUUGUUCAGAUUCUUUUCAAUUUGUAAAGUUCGACUCACUUGAACAAAAAAAUGAAGGAACUCUUUGAAUUCAUAGUUGCCUUUUCAUAUUCAUAGUAGUAGUUUCCUUCAGUACCUUUUUCCAAUUGCAAUUUAAUCCUUUGGGCCCUUUGUUAAUGGGUCAUUCCCAAUAACAUAUCAUGUGCACCAGCUCAUGAGACUGAAAAUGUUCACUCAAGAAUUCCAAUAAAUAUUUAUGUCAGAU